CUCAUCCCUCCGCUCCGCGUGCAGCCAGUGACUGCUGCUGUCUCGCGGCGUUUGGAGAUCUUGCAGGCGCGCUGUAUGGAUGCUGAAGCUUUGGCGCUGCUGUAAACGCGACACUGAAUCAACAUGUCCAACCCUCCGCACGACCCGUUCUACUCGUCCCCUUUCGGACCGUUCUACCGGAGACAUUCGCCGUACAUGGUGCAGCCAGAGUACAGAAUCUAUGAGAUGAACAAACGACUCCAAUCCCGGACAGAGGAGAGUGAUAGUCUGUGGUGGGAUGCAUUUGCUACAGAGUUCUUUGAGGAGGAUGCUACAUUGACCGUUGCCUUCUGCCUGGAGGAUGGACCAAAAAGAUACACAAUCGGCCGGACCCUCAUCCCUCGUUACUUCAGCACGGUAUUUGAGGGUGGUGUGUCAGACCUCUACUACAUCCUGAAACACUCCAAAGAGUCCUUCCACAACUCCUGCAUCACUGUAGACUGCGAUCAAUGCACCAUGGUCACGCAACACGGCAAGCCCAUGUUCACCAAGGUGUGUACGGAGGGCCGGUUGAUUUUGGAGUUCGCUUUCGAUGAUCUGAUGAGGAUCAAGACGUGGCACUUCACCAUCAGACAGUAUCGGGAACUUAUCCCACGGAGCAUUCUCGCCAUGCAUGCACAAGACCCUCAAGUCCUGGAGCAACUCUCAAAAAACAUCACCCGCAUGGGACUGACCAACUUCACCCUUAACUACCUCAGGUUGUGUGUCAUUCUGGAGCCGAUGCAAGAGCUAAUGUCCCGACACAAGACCUACAACCUCAGCCCCAGAGACUGUCUAAAGACCUGUCUCUUCCAGAAGUGGCAAAGAAUGGUGGCCCCUCCAGCUGGACAUCCACAGAACUUCAAAACGGAAAUUUUCCCCUCAAAUCACAAAAAAGAGCCCACUCGACAGACCACGACCAAGAGAAGAAAGAGGAAGAACUCCGCCAGCAGUGCGUCUAACAGUAACCUUGGCAACAGCGCUGGCGGCAAGAAACGCAGCCCUGCCAACAACUUCAAUCUGACCAGCCAGGUACCUGAUGUGAUGGUGGUAGGUGAGCCCACCCUGAUGGGCGGGGAGUUUGGCGAUGAGGACGAGCGUCUGAUCACUCGGCUAGAAAACACACAAUACGAUGCCACCAACGGCCUGGACGAUGACGACGACUUCACAAGCUCGCCGGCUCUCGGCAACAAUGCUCCCUGGAACAGCAAGCCACCCACAGGACAAGACAGCAAGCCGGAGAGCACGGCCUCACAGCCGUCUCAGUAGGAGACAACAUGCGCAAUGCCCUGCUCUUUCUCUCUGACCUCACUUUUUACCCUCGAUGAUGUAAAUCCGUGUCAUGGUGUCAAUGAUGUCAUCCAUGUUCACCAGAAACUGAUGGUUCCACUUCUUAUUUUGGGUAACGUUUAAGAACUUCACAGCCCAAACUUUGGCAGCAAUAUUUGCUCACUGGAUUUUUUCGAAAUCAUCUAGCUGUGCUACAAAGCAUCGCUAGAAAUGUGACUUUUGGAGGAACUUGAUUUUAUCAAGGCUGAGUGAGCAAUCUGAAUUUACAGAGACCUGAAAUUGGGACAACUUUAGCCCAAUAAUCGAUGUAAAAAGCUACCUGUCUCGCAGUUCAUCACACAUCUCCAUAGUGACUCUAGCUGGCAACCACACUCGAUAUCAACCAAUCGCUGAAGAGACGGACAUGUUGACUGUCUUGUCACUGGAGACCGGAACUGCAGAGGCAUCCACUGAGACCAAUCCCUGAUCAUUUGCAUUUUUAUUGGAAAUUCGUUUGGCUAUUGUCUUUUUCUCUCAGCUUUCAAUUAAAAGUGAACCGCCUUGCAUUCCUUCAACACAGCUGACUGCAUUAACAAAGACAGAUUGUACAGUUCGUACUUUAAUUCAAAAAUUCCUAUUUGAUUUCUGAGUCAAUGUGCUAUUUAAAUCAUUUGUGAUUUUUCUGUAUUCUCCUUGUACUGUACCAUCUGGAUUUGGAGUUUAUUUACGGACAGGCAAGCACAUAUGAAAAGCAUAUUUGUCCAUCUUUCGCUCUCCCUGUAUUGACUUAUUUUCAUAAUGGAAUAUGAUAUGUUUCUGCAUGACAUUUCGAAAUCGGUAACAUGCUUUUGAGGUCAUGUUGGACUCUGGUUAUCGAUUUGGAAGCACAGUAACCAGGGUUGUGACUUUGACAAUAAAAAUGCUUUCUGCUUCAUCUGAUGUUACUGAAGUCAUCAGACCUUGAUGUAAACGGCAGCUGUUUUGACGUUUACUACUUGUUGUUUGACUUUUUUUUUUUAUCUGAUAAUAACAGAUUUCAUACUCAGGAAUGAACACCAUACUGAGAAAUGAGAACAUUAUAACUUACUGUAAAUUCAGUCACAAAUAUACUGUUCAUUAGCUGUGUAUGAGUUUAAAUAACCUUCAUCAUGUCUAGCUUCAACCCUACUUUUAACAGGAAAAUGGCCUUUUUAUCUAAAAAUCAUUCUAAAAAAUGCAAUGAAUGCCCUUCUAGCAAAUCAUGUGAUCAGGUUUACACAGCUUUAUGUCAUUUCUGUAGCUAGGGACACAGUUUGUUU